CUUUCUUCUUUCUUCUUUCUUCUUUCUUCUUUCUUCUUUCGUCCUUCGCUUUUCACAUUAUUAACGUAAUCCUUCCUCUCCGAUCCCAGUUAGGAAUCCUUGUGCGAGGCAGAAGCAGAACCACAGAUCCAUCUAAUCUCUCAAAUCUUCUCUUCCUCUCCUCCUCUCCUCCUCUCCUCCUCUCCUUUCACUAAGGGGUUUCUUUGUGGCGGAACUUCUUUGGGCUCUUAGAGAAUGACCCGCGGGAACCAGAGAGAGCGUGACCGAGAGAGAGCUAUGGCAAGGAGCGGAUCCAAGACGAAGACCAAAGACGAUGGAUUGACCCCUGAACAACGCCGAGAAAGGGAUGCUAAAGCUCUUCAAGAGAAGGCAGCGAAGAAGGCGGCACAAGCUGCAUCGGGAGGAGACGCGGGAGGAGAUCAUAACUUCACCUUCCACAAGGAAAUCAGAGAUUCAGCAUUGUUCAUUCUUAGGGGAAGGGGUGAGGACUGAGGACUAACAAAAAGAAAAAAACUGCCCGUCUCCACCACACAACCACUGCGGAAAAUGACUGCGACAACUGUAACAAGAAGAGGAGAGCAGAAACGCCGGAGAUUUUGGGGAUGGAGGGGUACUUCCAACAACAGCAGCAGAGCUUACUAAACCCAAAACAGUGAGAAUAGAAUGAAUACUGCAGGCAGAAACAUCAUCCAUCACAAUUCAUCAUUCUUUAUUGAAGACAAAGAACGCAAGCUUAGGAAACUGAGAUGGUCGUCUAAUGGUAAGGAUGUGGGGGAAUAGUGUGGAAAGAACAGGGUGGAAAUUGAUAGUUGGAUUCAUAAUAAGGAGAAGCCUCUUCACUCCAUUAGCCUUUUAAGUGGUAAGUCUCUCUCUUAAGAGGAAAGAUGGAACCUUUAUAUCUUUCAAAGUCAAAAUCAAAAGCAGAAAAGAACAGUUUAUGAACAUAUUAAGUCUUCCGCUUGUUUCCUCUAGGUCUAUAGUCAAUCCGUUUUAAAACUGUGAAAUCAAAAUCGUUUACAACUCAGGAAAUUAAAAUUGUUUAGUAAAUAGUUUUGGUUUCACAAGACAGGAACGGUUUGAUUUUAGCUUCCCCUCUACAGGCUAAAGAUCCCUCAACAUUUUUCAUUUGGAUCCAAUGUUAACAUCUUUUGAGCUCCUUUCUGUAUACCAUUUAAUAUGUUUAGUUACUUUGAAGCAGCAAACCUUUUUACUUCACAA